AUGCGGGAGCUGCGCGUGUGGAGGGGAGCAACGCAUCCAUCCGGACAUCGCUCGCCCCCUGUCGCCAACGUCCUUGUUCCCUCGUUUGUUAUCCACAACCUCAAAGGACCCCAACGAAACAGCCUGUCCACUUCUGGCAGUCCGUCUUCUGUCACAACUGCUCUCUCACACCACUUCCUCAACUUGUCAUCUCGGCGGCCCCUCUCCGUCACUUGGACCUCGGUUGGCGUCAGAUCGCUCCAUGCUACCCCUAUCGCCGGUGACGUGUCUGUCACGCCCCAGAAAGCUGUUGACCCCAAGCAGCUCAUCCGCAAAAAGCUGAAAGCCAUCGGCAAACCCUCAGCGGUCCCUCCCAAGAGGCCGUUGAGCGCGUACGUGCUAUUUGCGAACGACCAGGUCCCGUCGAUCCGUGGCUCGUUAAGCGACGUUCCCCCGACUGAGAGGAUUGCGUACAUUGGUCGCACUGCUGGGCAGCGGUGGAAAGCUUUGGAUGCUAGCGAGAAGCAGCGAUACGCACGCAAAGCCGAACAGGAACGCGAAAACUACGAGCGAGCGUACAAACAAUACCUCUCCAGCCGCUCCGCUGCCGACAUUCUAAUCGAGCAAAAGCGCAACUUCCUCAACAAAAAGUUGAAUCCCACCACCACCGUCAGGCGCGUAAAGCCGGCCACGGACGCCCCCAAGCGUCCCGAAAACAUCUACGCUUCAUUCACCAAACAGGCUUAUGCACUCAGCCCCGACCGCCAGCGCCAAGCCUUUGGAUCGGCAUUGAGUGAUUUGUCAUUUGGGGAGGCUGGAAAGGUCAUUGCCACUGCGUUCAGGAGUUUGCCCGAGGAGCAGCGACAGAAAUUGAAAGAACAAUACGACAGAGCCUACUCUUCCUACUCUGACAAACGCGACGCCUACGAACGCGACGCCGGGAUCGCCACGCUCAGAAAACAACUGGACACGACCACGCGUCUCGCCAUCAGGCCCAAACGCAUCGUCAAGCGCAAGAAGAAGACCGUCACCAAGCGCAAGCUCAUCAAGACCCGCGCCAACAAGCGCGUCGUCAAGAAGAAGACGGCCAAGAAGGUCGCUGUUGCCAAAAAGAAGAAGACCGCUGAGACCGCCCGCGGCGUCGCGAAGAAGGCUGUCAGGAAGGCUGUGGGCGCUGCGAAGAAGGCGGUCAAGGCGGUGAAGAAGGUGGUUAAGAAGGCGGCGCCUGUGAAGAAGACUGUGGCGAAGAAGACGGCAAAGAAGACGACCCCGAAGAAGACUACGGCUAGGAAAGUUAAGGCCUGA